UCCAAAAUUCUCCAACCUCCGUGCCAUGGCUCAAGACAGUCCCCUUCACCACCAAGACAACGCCUCUUCCGACGAGCGCAGCAUCACGCCUCCGGCAACCAUGACAUUCCUGGGUCCCGCUGAGAAUGACAACGGUGGAUCCAGGAUUGAUAGCCCGGUGGGCAUGGAUGCUAGCAAGGGGAAGGACGUCGUCCUGGAUGAUAUCCAAGGUGGAGAGCAUGGCUCGGCGAGCGGCGCCAAGGCCAACACCAACAGAUCCAAAGGUAAGCACUCAGCAGCGGGCAAAGCUUCCACCAACACCGCCAAAGAUGGCUUCCCCAAGGGUAAGGGCUCGUUGGCUGCUGACGAAGACGGCGACGUCAAAGCCCACAUCGUAACAGAGCGAGAGCGCCGGAGGCGGAUGAAGGACCUGUUCAGCAAUCUGCACGCGCUCAUGCCCCACAUCCCAGACAAGGUCGACAAGGCGACUCUGGUGGGAGAGACGAUCCACUUCAUCAAGGCCCUAGAGAAGACCAAGGUCCAGCUUGAGAAGCAGAAGCAGGAACAGGUACUCGCACGGCAAGCCGCCGCUCAGGCCAUGUCCUCCUUGUCGGUGAUGCAGACCGCGCAAGGUAUGGCCGCCAUGUCGAAUGGCUGGGGGCCUGUGCCGCAGCAACAGCCUCUUGCUGCGGUUGCGGCCGCAGCACCACCACCACCGCUCGCCGCGGCCACGGGGCCGGCUGGGUUCCAGACGUGGUCGGCACCGAACGUUGUGCUGAGCAUCUCCGACGAGAAGGCAGUCAUCAACCUGUGCCUGCCGCGGCACCCACGCAUGCUAACGCUGGUGAUGUCCGUGCUGAACAAGCACGGGAUCGAUGUGAUCACGGCGCACGUCGCGGCCGAGGGUGCACGGAGCAUGAUUACCAUCUAUACCAGUGUGAAUGGAGGUGAGAACCCUUCCGCGGAGGACAUAUACAAGUUGGCCGUGUCGGAGAUCAUGGUCUGGCUCUCCAGCUAGGCCGGCUCGCCCGUCCAGGCCUCAACGGCGUCUCAAGCUGCGCUACCUCCUGUCGACCUGCUCAGCUUGCAGCCUCUCCGGACUGGAGCGGUCGGAGUUACCUACCUUGUUUAAUUAAUUUGCAUUCUCCAUUUGAAGGUUUGCGUGUGUCUUGUCUGGUCAGGUCAGGUCCAACUGAGAACUCAGAACCGUGCUUGUGUGCGUAUGUCGUUGAAGCUCCUUGACAGUGUUCGUCGUGUCAUGUCUUAAGUAUCGUACCGCCGUCUUUUGAAUUGCUCGAGUGUUUUAAUUCUGGACCAUUUGCUUGUUUA